AAGUUUUAUGCCCUAUUUAACAAGUGACUAUUUCUCAUUUAGUUGCAAAGAGCCGUAUAGUGAUUCUAGUGCUUUACUACUGCGCUAAAUAUUUCACAGCUUUGUCAAAAGAAAUACAGCCUGUGUUGACAACCAUCAGAUCGGUAUCGACAGCCAUAAGCUGGUUGAGUUACACCUGAAUCGAACUUCAACGCUAAAUACGAGUGCGAAAUCGAAAAUCGUGUCAACAGAUAAAGUUCUACAGUUUAAUCUUUUUGAAAACGUGACUGAGUUGUAAAUUUCAUCUCUGCAGUAACCAAAAUGAGUUCACACUCGGCUGGCCAUUCAACAAAAGGUCCUAAGGCGGAUGUUCCUUCAGUAAAGGAAUGGCGUGAGCAACUGUCGAAGAUGGAAAUCCCUCGAGCUGGGGCCACUCGUCUUAUUAUGAACUACCUCGUUACCGAAAGCUUCAAAGAUGCGGCAGAGAAACUCCGUGAAGAAAGCGGACUUCCGCUUUCACCGGGUAAUACUGACGUUUCAGCAUCGCUUGACGAACGUAUUCGAAUACGCGAUGCGAUCCAUGGCGGGCGGAUUCUUGAAGCACGUAGAUUGCUCGACGAACUGCAUCCUCGGUUACUCAGUACGGACCGUCAGCUACUAUUUCGCAUCCAACAGCAGCAAUUAAUCGAACUGAUUCGCGAAAACCGCACUGAGGAAGCUCUGGAGUUUGCCCAACAGGAAUUAGCGCCACGAGUUGAAGAGGCUUCUGCACCACUUGGUGAAAUGGAACGGACACUUGCAUUGCUAGCCUUCGAUAAUCCCGCUUCUUCCCCUUUUGGAGAAUUAUUGCAUGUAUCCCACAGACAAAAGGUGGCGUCCGAGGUUAACGCGGCCAUUCUCGAGAUGGACGGAGCUGAGUCAACAAUUCCGUCAUUAGUAGUCGCUGUGCAUAUGUUAUUAUGGGCUCAAAAGUUGCUCGACGACAAAAAAAUAGAAUACCCAAAAAUGACGGACAUCGCAGAGGCCACAGUCUCGAUGCAUCCACCAAAAUAAUUUGAAAUAUUCAACUAAACCUGUCACCUUAACUGGACGUGCUUUCGGCAUAAUCGAGUUAAGCCGAUGAUCAUAAUAACAAUUAUACUGCGCAAUGUACAUAGGGUAUGUUUGGAACAAGUGGCGGCAAUACUGCACGAAUUAAUACGAUAGUCCAAGUGAAAGCAUUAGAGCGGUUAUAGAACCAGAAAACUAACGAAACUAUGUAAUGUUGUCAAUGCAAGCAAUCAAUAAUAAUUAGCAAACGAUAACACUUAUAAUAUGAUGGUGAUUAUGGUUAUGAUUAUUAUUAUUAUUCUCAUUAUCAAUAAAUAUUGUCUUAAUAACCUAGAGGGCACCAACUGAUAGCUAAAAUAGCUGCUUGAAGCUGUAUCAGUGUGACUCGAAAGCACAAGUAGAGUAAAUGAAUGUAUGGAGUGGAAUUGAAAAUAAGGCAAACGAUUAAAAAAAUCUAUAUAGUUUGAAUAUCUUUAAAUAGUUGCCUUAUUUAUGUACACAAUCCUGGAAUGCGCAUAUUCAGUUAAAUAGUAAUAGUAUACAGGGGUGCUAAGAGAACAUAUAAUGGUAUUAUUUUUAAGCUUUAUGACGGAAAAAGGAGUAAAUGAGGUUCCCAUUUUUUUAAGUUUCUCAGUGAAUUGUUACACUGAAUUUCGUACCAUGCAUUGAAUCUCUUAAUGAGUAACAUCUCGGCAGUCGGGACGACCAGCGUUCACAGUCACAGUACUUGACCUAAUUUAGUAUACACAUAGAGACUCAUGCAAUAUGACAAUUCCUUUUAUGAAAUAAAUCAGUUGUGUAGAUGAGCCUGGAAAUGCGAGUGUGUCUGUGUGUGAGUGUGUCUAUGUGGGCGUGGGCGUGUGUGUGUGUCUAUGUGGGCGUGUGGAUGUGUGUUUGUGUGUGUGUGUGUUUCUGUGAGACUUCUCUUAUACAACAAGAUCCUGCGCUGGCUCGUCAACGAUCCUUGAAGCGACGUGUGUUACCCGGUGAUACUCCACAAUUAAUAUAAUUGUCUCUGGCCGAACUUUUUGUAUUCAUGGAUUGCGCCAUUGUUAAGUGGAUAUUACGAAGUCGUUAACUAUUAGUGAACAAACAAUACUAGUGUAACUGGACGAUUUCUUAGCAUAAAUUUAGCAGUUGAUUAAGUUCGAAAGAAAUAUUCAAAUAAAAACGUUUUCUGAAUGAUAAGUAACCAGGCUUCUUACGGCGCAAAAAAUGAUUCUUAAUCUGUAUAACUAUUUGAUGUUUUUUUAAGCACGCAAUAAAUAAUAGAUACGAUCCCAAGUUUUGAUGCUUCCUGAACUGAAAUUGCACACAUUUGUUUGGUAUAAGCUAAUUGCUCAGAUUUAAUCUAUUAGAAAUCAAUAGAUUAUCAAUUUGCGUGUGUUAUCGAUAUACUCAAGGUCCUGUGACGACGGAACCUCUAUAUACUUGAAGUUGUGAUCACCUUCAAGUAAUUCAAGCAGAUGAAUACCCGCUCAAUGUAAGACAUGCAUAUUCUGGGAGACUUCAAAAAUACAUUGUUUUCAAAUAACGAAGUCUAAGGGAUACGCAUUUUGAUUUCGACUUACAGAUGUCUAAGCAAAUAAUUAGACAACUCCUAUAUAGUCUAAAUGAUUAUUUUUGUCAAAGAGCGGAGUAGUUUUGCUUUGUUUAUGCCAAUAUUUGCAAGUUCCAUUAGCUACUUAAUAAAUUGCGGGUUUUUGAAAUUAAGAGCAAAUAAA